UGCCAUUGUCUUUUUCGUCAUGAACUUGACUCCAAACCAACUCCAUUAUCUCAAACGUGAACUCAUUACCAUUCAGUUACAUGAGGAACUGAACAGGUUACGUAAGAACCACCAGCUUGCUGACUUGCUGGAUAAAGACCACCCCUCGACCGAUCUUCCGUUUUUGCGCUAUAUCUUCCAGCACUUCGUCUUGGAGUUUCCACUGCUCGAGAAGAACAACGAGAAGCAAUUCUGGGAUAAGGUGCAGACUUUUCUCGAUGAUUUUUGUGCUCUCAAGCUCGACACCUAUGCGCCCAAGCACAAAGGAGCCACCCAGCGCCGCGUCUUGCUCUACAAGCUCGAACAAAUGCUCACCAUCGCUCUGUCCGCUACUAUCAAGACAGUGCAAGGCCAGGAAGAAAGCAUUCAUGUGCUUCCACAGGACAUUCACAAUGAUGAUACCGAACUCGCCAACGCAAUAUCCAAAGAUUUGUCCUUGCUAGAAAAUGACGACACUUACCUCGAGUGGAUUGGCACCAAUGAUCUGUUUAUCAAUGUGGUCACCGUUCGCGAAGUGAGCGAACGUCGCACCAUCCGAGAGCAUCAACAUGCCGAAUUUGUGGUUCAAACACUUUUCGCAGAUACCGAGAAAUCACCCGCUUACGUAGCUCGUCGUCAUGGUCAUUUCCGCCAACUUGAGGAUGACUUGAAAAAAGCCUUUCCAACCUUGGACAUUCCCUCGGUCCCAAGCAAAGUGCGUGAUGUAGCCAGUGGUAACGGAAAAUCGAAUCAGCAUUUAUACCGCGAGAAAGAUCGGAUCCUUUUGCGCUCGUUUUUGCGGCAAAUAGCGACAGACAGUAAACUGGCUAAAAGCACCGUGUUUCAAGACUUCUUGACACGUGACACUUUUCAACUGUCGGCGGAAGAAAAGGCCGACAGCGAGAAACGUUGGGAAAUGGAUCAGAAACGUGCGGCGGAGGAGAAACGAUUUCGCGAAGAAGUGGAUCGUAAAGUGAUGGAACUCAAUGAUCUGCUGGAUAUGCUGAAAAAGCGUGUGAUGCAAAAAGGCGGGCUGAUCGAGAUUUUCGAUAUCAUUAAAAAGACGGAACAAAUCCAAGACUUGCCGGCGCCGCUGUUGAAGGCAUUUGAAUGGGGAAGAAUCAAUUUCGCCUUUGUGCUUCAUACUCAAUUUGUUACGUCGGAUCGGUCGGCAGAAAAUAUCGCCAGUUUGAAACGAACCCAUUCUUUGAUGCCGUAUCGCGCGGUUGCACAAAUCCUGAAAUUUUCCAACCCCUUUUCAAUGGUCAAAGGAGUGCUGGAUCUGUUCUUGGCCCAACCGUUUGGCGGCCGUAGUUUAUUUCAAAGAAUUAUACUGGCCAAUAUGCACGAUGAAGCCAAGGAGUUGCAGAAGAAUAUCGAGGAAUUGGAAAAGAGUAUCAAUGACGAGCCAUUAUGUCAAAAGCUGCGAAAUGCCGUGGACACCGAAGCACCUCCUUACAACCAACGUAAUGGACCAGUCCACAAACGUCCGAUCACCGAGACCCUCGAUGUAUUACGCAACGAAGAUAUUGCGCCUGUUCUCAGUGCCGAUCAAAUCAUGAAGGUCGCUUUUGCCAAUGAUGCGCGACAGACUGAAUCCCGCCUUCUCGUCAAGAAGCUCUAUCAGCUAUGGCUGCUUUACGCCCGCAAGCGUGAGCAAGAAAUCAUGAUGACCUUGGUGUUCCAGGGCGUCACAGGAGAGUUGUUGAAAGAAAUCUUUGCCAUCUUUUAUCAACCACUGGCGCAAGUGUAUAAAGCAGCCAACAUUGGCGACUCUAUUCAGCAUUUGGCAGCUUUCAUUGAAGAUCUGAUCAAGCUACUCGAUUCUCUGGAUGCAGACGAUGUCACCAACACCGCUCAACCGUUUAUUGAACUGGUGCAACGCCAUGAACAACGGUUUUAUUUCUUUGUUCAUAAUGUCCAUGCUCAGGAUAAGUCCCAUUUGUUUGAUGAAUUGUUGGGCUAUGUGGACAAUAUGUUUGCUUUCUUAUCGAACGGUAUUUCUGGGAAACUGGAUUUGGACCAGACAAUCAAAGACGCGGGGAUCGAUGAUCAGCAGCAAGAAACUCUUUUGCAGGAACUGGAAGCCGUGUGUGAUUACCACCGUCGCAGAAAGGAGCAACAUCUUCGUCGACGACGUGAAAAGUUGAUGGUGCAGGAUACCACUGUGGAAUCGCGACAGCAAGCCAAUGAAGCCUUCAACUUCUUACCCAAUCAUGCCGAGGUGAUGACCAUGAUCGAUGAUAUGGAUGAACUGAAUUAUGACAGCGAUUCGUCCUCGGAUGAAGACGAUAUUGACGAAACAAACAGUCCCACGGCUCAUGAAAUGACGCUCCAAGCCCCGGAACUGGUAGUCUUGCCACGAAUCGUUCCUGCAUUUGUUCAAAACGUCACCAAACUCAUGGCUGCCUCCGGUAUAUGAUCAAUUGUUUCUUCAUCGAGUAGAUAUAUUCCCUCCGCGAUAACACAAUCCUUGCAAUGUAUUCACAUCGUAGCUAGCGAUCUAGCUGAAUAAAAUGAAUCAUCUAUGUCAUACCAUACUCUCUUAUUCUUUUAUAAACAUGGACCGGAAGAGAAUGAUCCUAUUGAGG